UGGUCUUUCUCAACAGGUAACAACUUGGUGCAUGUACAAUAACUACAACAUUGAUGGUUUACGAAAUAUACUACUGAACUGCCAGGAUUAAAAAUAAAAUAAAAAAUCCAAGAUAUAUGAUUAGAGAUCAUAUGUCCAAACAAUAUAUGGAAUGUUUAUAUAUAUAUAUAUAGAUAUAUAUACACACACACAUAUAUGAUGGCAUGAAAGAAAUACUAGAAUCUAUGGAUCUGCCACUGACUCGAAAGAUGUGGCAAGGAAUUUACUACUAGAAGUGUUGGAUAUUCACAAUAUCCCCCUUUCUCUUUCAGAUCUUGCUAUCUAAGUGCUUGGGGUGUUUUUCUAUUUUUGUUUCUGCUAAGGUAGUGGUUUUUUCCACAGGUCCUUAAGCUUUUUCUAUUUGUUUGUUUAGCUUGAAUGUCUGUCUUCAAGUUUUCUUAGGUGUUUUUCUAUUAUGAGGGUAUGCCCUUUGUGAAUUUGUACAUAUUUUCCUGUUGGUUUAUAGAAUCACAAUUAUGAAAAAAAAUAAAAAAAAAUAAUAAUAAAUGCAGGUAUGCUGUAGACAUUAUAUAUAUAUAUAUAUAUAUAUAUAUAUAUAUAGUUGUGUGCGCAUAUUUAUUUACACACCUGUAAACACAUCUAUAUACAGAACCCUUCGAUCAUGUCAACGCUCCUUUUGAGUACUUCAAAUGCAUACUUAUAUAAGUUUAGUUGUUCAAAUUUCCCAUAGUUGAUCUUAGUCCAUUGUAGAAUGUUCAAACUUGCUACACUUCAUCAUAGGUAUUUCCUGAACUGCAGAUCGUAUGAGUUGAAUUCUGUGGUCAUAAUUUAUAACUAGAACGAGACUCGUUAGAAAAAAAUAAAUAAAAAGACGACUUGGGUUCACACUAUUAGAGAGAGUCUUCCACGGAUUGCGCGCACUAUGCAAGCUUGUUGGAAGAUUUAUAAAUCAUAGGACUAGAUAAGUUUCUUUAUGGACUUUUCUUCAUAGACUUUUCAUUCCACUAAAAUAGACCAAGGAUUCAUUUGAAGUUAAAACCGCAAGUUACCUACAAUAAUUAGCUGGAGGAGGAGAGAACACAGAAGAAACAGAAAAGAGAAGAUGGUAAUUGCUAUAUUUUUCUUUCUUCUUCUCUCUACUUUGCAUACACCAUCAGCACAACAAACACAUUCCAAUAUAAGCUUAGGUUCUUCACUAACACCCACCAGUACCAAGUCCUCCUCUUGGCUAUCCCGUUCCGGUCUAUACGCCUUCGGCUUCUAUAAGGAAGCCGAUGGCUAUGCUGUUGGCAUAUUUCUUGCUGGUGGAUUUCCUGAAAAGAUGUCGUCGACUGUCGUCUGGACAGCCAACAGAGACGACCCUCGGCGGGUAGUCCCCAGCAAUACCACUUUGCUAUUCUCUGGCGAUGGACAAUUACUCUUGCGGCCAACACAAGGCCAAGACAUGUAUAUAGCAACCCUUGACCAACCUGCUUCAAACGCUUCCAUGCUUGAUUCUGGCAAUUUUGUCCUCUAUAACUCCGAUCAGCAGAUCAUAUGGCAGAGCUUUGAGCACCCAACCGACACACUUUUGCCCAGUCAGCGCCUCUCAAAUGGGGCAGAAUUGUUCUCUAGUGCUUCGGACACUGACCACUCCAAGGGGAUAUUUCGUCUCGCGAUGCAAACGGACGGACAUCUUGUGCAGUACCCAGUUGAUACUCCGAACACAUUCCCUUACUCUUACUGGGGGUCUGGCACUAUGGGAGCAGGAAGCAACGUGACCCUCAAUCUUGAUGAUGAUGGUUAUCUCUACUUGCUAAACUCAAGUUCCGUCCUAAAAAACCUAACAACAGGAGGAUAUCCUAAAAAAGGAAUGAUGUAUCUGAUGAGAAUUGAUGUGGAUGGUAUAUUCCGGCUUUAUUCACACAGCUUGGAUAAGAAAGGCAACUGGUCAGUUCCAUGGGAAUCUUCCAAAGACAAGUGUGAUCCUAAAGGUCUAUGUGGCCUUAAUGGGUUUUGUACUACAAUGGAUGAGGUAGCUGAUUGUAGAUGUCUUCCCGGAUUCGAUUUUGUUGACCCGGGCAAGUGGAGUUCAGGCUGCGAGAGGAAUUUCACAACACCAAGUUGCAAAGACAGUGAAGCGAAUGUCGAGUAUGAGAUGACGCCAUUACCUAGCACCUCGUGGGAAGACAAUUCAUACUCGGUGUUCUCGUCAGUCCCAACCGCAGAAGAUUGUAAAAAGGCCUGUUUGGAGGAUUGUAACUGUGAGGCUGCACUAUACUCGGGCACAGAGUGCAAAAAGCAGAGGCUUCCUAUGAGAUAUGGAAGAAUAUUGCUGACUGGUGACUCAACACUUGCUUUCAUCAAGGUGGGAACAUCUAAACACAUCAUCAAUGGAGUCCCAGUUGACAAGCAUAAAGAAACCAAGAAAGACCUAAGGUUGGACAUUCUGAUCGUCGGUAUUUUACUUGUUGCUUUGGCCUUUGUUGUGUUAGUGAUUUCUGGAAUACUUAUAUAUAGAAAUCGUGUGUGGGCCUAUAAGAUGAUCUCUGAGAAGGGGAAUGUUGAAUUCGGUGAGGAUGUUGGUCCCAGAGCAUUCACUUAUGCAGAACUAGAGCAAGUAACAAAUGGCUUCGAGGAAGAGUUGGGUAGCGGAUCUUUUGGGAAGGUCUAUAAAGGUGCUCUGUUGUCAGGUCAGAAAAUGGUGGCUGUGAAGAGACUCGAGAAAGUGUUAGAAGAAGGGGAAAGGGAAUUUCGAACUGAGAUGAAAGUAAUAGGGAAAACCCAUCACCGGAAUCUAGUCCGCCUGCUUGGUUACUGCCAUGAUGGGCCUAACAGGCUUUUGGUAUAUGAAUACAUGAGCAAUGGGUCACUUGCAGAUAUACUCUUCGCGCCUGAAAAUCGGCCGAGUUGGGAUGAAAGAAUCAGACUUGCUCUAGACAUUGCCAGAGGCAUUCUUUAUCUGCACGAAGAGUGUGAAACGCAGAUCAUCCAUUGUGACAUCAAACCUCAAAACAUACUCAUGGAUGAGCACGGGCAUGCCAAAAUUUCCGACUUUGGAUUGGCAAAGCUCCUAAAGCCUGACCAGACUAGGACCUUUACCGGGAUCAGAGGAACGAGGGGUUAUGUUGCUCCUGAGUGGCAUCGUAAACUGCCUGUGACAGUUAAAGCAGAUGUUUUCAGCUUUGGAAUUGUAUUAUUAGAGAUCAUAUGUUGCAGGAGGAGUGUGAAUUGGAGCCUUUCAGAUGAUGAAGCCGUUCUUGAAGAAUGGGUUUACGAUUGUUUCGAAGCUGGUGAGAUGAGUAAACUUUUGUGUGAUGAGCAGGUUGACAAGCGGAAACUGGAGAGAAUGGUUAAAGUAGGUCUCUGGUGCAUCCAAGAUGAGCCAUCGCUCCGCCCUUCAAUGAAGAAAGUUUUAUUGACGCUGGAAGGAACUGUAGACAUCCCAGUACCUCCCAAUCCUACUUCCUUUUUAAGUACCAUGUAGUUUUCUUUUGUUAGUUUCUCUUUGUUUUCCGUUGAUCAAAUUUUUGUUGCAUUAGUUUGUCUAUGACCCAAAAUUGUAAUAAAUUCGAAUUAAGAUUAUUGAUUAGAAAAAUCAAAGGUAUAGUUUCUUAUCUCUAAA